AUGGCGACAUUAUUCCACCCUCGGCGUCCGCCCGGCCGUCGCAUCCCCUGGGUCUGGCCUCUCCUAGGCCUCUUGUUCACACUGUAUCUCUUUUUCGGCCGUUCAGACUCAACAGCAUCAUCUUCUUCAUCUACCAGCACCAAUUCCUCCACCCGCCCGGACCACGCCCCGCAUAAUGCCACGGCCCCCUGCCCUUCCAUCCCCGGCAUGGAGGACAUCCUGGUGAUCCUGAAAACCGGCGUCACGGAAGCGCGCGACAAAGUGCCCACGCACCUCCAAACCACCCUCCGCUGCGUCCCACACUCCGUUAUUUUCUCGGACUACGCGGAGGAAAUCGACGGUGUGCCGGUGCAUGACGUCCUUCGUGAUAUUCCGGACCCGGUUAAGUGGAUGAAUGAGGAGUUCAACGUCUACCAGCGCGUGCGACAGGCGGGGCGAGCGGCACUGACUCGUGCGGAUUUGAACGAGGAUGUGAACACAGUAUUCGGGAAACCGAAUAACCCUGGCUGGAAGCUUGAUAAGUGGAAGUUUCUGCCCAUGAUCGACGAGGCGCUGAAGCAGCCGAAGAAGGCGAAAUGGUACGUGUUCAUGGAAGCCGAUACGUAUUUCGUGUGGCCGAACUUGGUCGCUUGGUUAGCGCAGCUGGACCAUCGACGGCCGUAUUAUCUAGGUAAUCAGAUGCAGAUCCUGGACGUGUUGUUUGCGCACGGAGGCUCGGGGAUCGUCUUGUCGCGACCGGCGAUGGAGAGGGCCGCCGCGACGAGACGCAGGGACGUCGCGAGGUGGGAUAGCAUUACGCGCGAGAACUGGGCCGGGGAUUGUGUACUGGGUCAGUUGCUUGCUGAGUCUGGGGUCGGAUUGCUCUGGUCGUGGCCGGCGUUGCAGAUCGGGCCGCCCUCGGAGUUGGAUUAUUUCUCGCCGGAUUACUAUAAGACGCCGUGGUGUUAUGCGCCUGUUACGUUUCAUCAUUUGACGCUUCCUGACGUUAUUCGGCUCUGGCGCUUGGAUCGCGAGUGGUUUGGCGGGGGGAGGGAGUUGUUGCUCUAUCGCGAUGUGUUCCUCCAGGUCGUACAGCCGCAGUUGACGGGUGUGCGGUAUGAUUGGGAUAAUCGCGUUGCGCCGCAGAAUUCGAUCUCGAGUCGCAGUCGCAGCUCGGUCGAGUGUCGAAGGAAGUGCCUGGCGGACCCGGAUUGUGUGCAGUAUGCCCAGCAGGCCGAUACCUGCUGGGUGUCUGCCACGGCGAAGUUGGGGAGUGCGGCGACGGGCAUCAGUUCGGGCUGGAUCCCGGAGAGGAUCGAUGCUUUGGUGCAGGAGAUGGGGUCGUGUCCGCAGGCGCUGUGGGUGGUCUAG